AUGGGCAAAUCCGAUCGCCUAGAGGAGCUUCGCCGCGAGAUAAGCCGCGGAGGCCUCUUCGGCGAUGUUGAAAGUGCCCAGCCAGAUACGGGGCGCCAGAUCGGGAACCGCUGCGGCGUGAUCGAGCUGAUGUACACUGGGCUCGAGAGCGGCAUGGUCACGUGGAGGGAUACGGACGACGUGAUCAACAGCGUCGUGGCGGGAUUGGCCACUGGAGCGCUGUACAAGGCGGCCUCGGGGCCGAGGGCGGCGGCGCUGGCAGGAGCGCUUGGAGGCGUGGUGGUAGGAGCUGCUGUUGCUUCCUGA